UCACGCUCAAGUGUGCACACCCCUUUCUAUUCCAGACUGGCUCCAUCAUGGUAGCCGAUGCCGUCACCGUGUCGAAUGCAAAAGCAUGGUCAAAUGCCCUUGUAAGGAUAUUUGGUCCGACAACGGGAGGAAGUGCUAAUGCAGGGGAUCGUCGCAACGACAUCUUGGAACUCGCACGAGAUAUUCGGAAAGCCGAUAAUCAGAAGGCACAGCUGCCGAAAGUCCAAGUUCCCCUCUUCGAUGGCACCAAUGCCUCAGCAUGGGUGGACAAGUUUGAACAAUUGGGCAGUUGCUGUGAGUGGACGAGUGAGAAGAUACUUCAGAUGGUAAAGCGAUAUUGUCAGGUUGAGUAUAAGGAAGAAGUGUCGGAGUUGGUGCAAGCCUCGCACGACUGGCCGGACUUCAAAGCCAAAUUAUUGGACAAGUAUCAAUUGGGGGAUCAACUGCUCGACCUGGCAGACUCACAGAAAGUCAGUCGUCGGAAGUUUGGUACAGCCAAGCAGUUCCUCACGGAGUUCGAACGAGUUGCUCGCUUAGUGCCUGACCUUCCAGAUAAGCAUCGAUGUCUCAUCUUCCUUGAUAAUUUUUCGGAAGUUGAGCAACGGGAACUGAUGAAGGAUAUGACUGGGCGAUACGACAAGCCAAAGAUCAAGGAAAAUUUGUUGGCUGGAAGCUUCGACCAAAUGCUUUACCGUCUCCUGAAGCAGCAAAAGGAGGACCGCGAGAAGGAAAGGGUAAGCGCGGACAAGGAUCAAGCCGUUUACAAAACCCUGACUGACAUGCGGAACAUGAUGGCUGACAUGAAGAAGGAAAGGUUAAAGUUACAAGUGAUGAUGGUCCAGACAAAAGGUGGGAAAAGGAAAGGGAAGGCAUCCGUUGUGGAGGAAGUAAGUAAUAGCAGCAGUGAAAAGGAAGAUGAGGAGGACGAGUAGCCCCCUCGAAAAUUGACUAAGGCAGAACGGAAGGCCUUGAAUCAGAUACGAGGGGGGCAGGGUACUAGUAAAAAGCAGCGGAAGAA